AUGCCCCCUCGCAAGGCUACCCGUGGACGCUCUGCGUCUGCUGCCACACCCCGGAAGACCCCUGCCAAACGCACCGCUCGUGCUGCGUCCACUGUGCCCCAGACUCAGGUCCCCAUUGCCGAGUCCCAGACGGCAUCUGAUGAUGAGACCGCCGUUCAGGGGACUGAACCAAUCCAUCCUCCGAAGAAUAAGAAGCCUACUACUCAGCGUGCCUCUCGGGCGACCACCAACACCUCCCACCGUGCUUCUGCACAGAAGGUGAUUCCUCCCUCCGACGAUGAAGAGAACCCGCUUCAAGACCAGCCUGAUCUGAUCGAGCUUUCCGACGGCGAUGAGGGCUCUGUCGCAGUCGUUUCUGGCAAGACGACAGCGCUCACGCACCCCACCCAAGAGCAGGAAGCGGUCUUCGACGGUCAAUUCCUCGAAGUUUACGGUGACUUUAUCCAGAUGGAGGCCGCUGGCCCCCGCGACGACUCUGAGGACGAGGAGAUUGUCGAACCUGACGGAUAUGUCGAAAUCAUCACUCGCCCAAUGCCCGCCAAGCCUGGGGCUAAGAUAGAAAGCAGCGACGGCGAAUACAUUUGCCCAGACAAUCAGCGCACCCCAAAGGCCAACUCUCUGCGUGAAAUUCCUCCUACCCCCGAGACUCCAUCACCGCACAAGCCCUCGGCUUCUCGCACUCCGGUCUCUAGGCACAGGCGCACAAAGUCGAUUUUCUCAGGUGUUGAGAUCACCACUCCAAUUAAGACGGUCAAGAAUGUGAAGGUGGUUUCUCCCUCCGAAGAUGAAAGGGACCACGACAAGGAGUACCUACUGUCGUCACCCCAGAUCAACCCGACACCUCGCCACCAGCGAAUUGCAUCCGGCAUGGAGUCGAUGAGCAUGAGCGGUGACAACUCUGAGGAAGAGUUCUUUAUGCCGUCGAAGGGAAAGGCAAGAACAACACUGAAAAGCUGGAGCAGUGAGGAGGAAGAACUCAAGUACUCACUCCCCUCCAAGCGUCGCACACUAAUGGACGACGUCAAGCUCAAGCCCGUUCCCAGCAUCAGGUACUAUAACAAGUGGACCCCGGUGGUGAUGGUCACCGACACGACCUUGAUCGAGGAUAUUGGCGACGCUGCCAAGUUGCCAGACCGGAACGACAUUGUCCUUCAGAUGCGCACUCUUAGCCCCUUCCUCACUGACGGGCUUUUCGAUGAGGCCUUCCCGGACCUUGACCCUAUCGCUUUCCUCAAGCUGCUCUCCAGUCCCGGUGAUGGAAAAACCGUGGUCAACAUCGCUAAGUCACCUGGUUCUCCUAUUCACAACCUCGGCUUCCGGUUUGGACCGAACAAGGGCCAACAGGCGCUCUUCUACACAUUCAACACCGGCGAGAAGGAGGCCAAGGGCAUCCAGCUCAUGCUCAUAGGGUGCCGUUCCCAUGGGUACAACCAGUUCUGGAACAACGCUACGGAAUCUACCCAGAUCAUCACGUCCUUCUGGGCCCAUACCCACCUUGUGUCUCCAAAUGUGUCCCAGCCGUCGACUUCCAGAGGGAACACCAACAAUCUCUCUCCGGCCAUCUCCCAUAUGGGGAUCACUCGCACUCAGAAUGUUCGCAGCACCGCCCAGAUGAUCCGCGCCUUCUACAACAACAGCGACGACUACCCCAUCUUUGACGCCAGCCAGCACUUCAAGGUUGACAACCCCGCCCCCGGCUUCCGCGUCGAGGAGCUGUCCAACCUCCCGAUCUACUCCGGCCCAAAGCCGCACAGCAACGAGCUCCGCCUCUAUGACCUCGCUCUGGUGUACUUCACCGUUAACACCUACAGCCAGUCUGAUGUCGACUUGGCAUCUCUGUGA